AUGAGGAUGAGCGAUGCGAACGGGGCAGUACGCGAACUGGUGUUUCCGAAAGGUUUAGAUCUCGAUCGACCAAAGAGAGCCAGGACGACUUUCUCGGCCGAUCAGCUGCAUCAACUAGAGAAGGAGUUUCAGAAUAAUCAGUACUUGGUUGGCCGGGAUCGUACGGAGCUAGCCGAUCAGUUAGGACUUACGGAAACACAAGUGAAGGUGUGGUUUCAGAAUCGGCGAACCAAAUACAAGCGAGACAAGAUGCGAGAUGCAGAGGUUCAGCAAAGCAAUCGCGUCGACAACUAUGCCGCCAACAACAUCCUUAAGUUUCUGCACCAAGCGCCAACGGCCUUAACCUGCUCCUUCCCACCCGUCCCCUACCCGUCCCCAUCCUUCCAGCUUAACCCAAAGUUCUGA